UUGAAUAAUUUGUUUCGUUGUGUGAGAAAGAAAAAAGAUGACUAAAAGUGUUCAACUCGUGCUUGCUCUGAUAUAUUUGCAUAUUCAACUGCAAGUUGAUAUUCUACAAGCGGCCACUCAGAGUUCAUUGAAUUGGUCGAGAAAUGGUUUACUUCAUUACAGGCCAGCCAUCUGUCCCGCAGAGAAUCCCAAUGAUAUUAGCUAUGAGAAGCCACAUCAACCAUUAUCAUCAUCAUCAUCGUCAUCAUCAUCAUCCAAAGCUGAAGACUAUAAUGACGAUGAUGACACUGCCGGGGAUCCUGUUGAGGACGACGACAAUGACGAUGACAAUGACAAUGCUGAAGACGAUGACAACGACGAUGAAAGUCUUCAAUGUAGUGCCAAUGCAAACCGUGGAAAUGAAGAGGACGAUGCAGAAGCAUUUAUGGCUCGCAUCACUUGCUUGUUACGAGAACUACAUGGGCAUAGCCGGGCCAUUCAAGAGGAUCUCCGUGAACUUGACUCACAGCUCGGACCGCCGCAGCCCGCUAAGUCCAAGCCGAGCUGCCAAAACAAACCCAGCCCUGGCUUCAAACUCAACCACAUCACAUCGAAAUUCCACAAUCUGAACAAAGUCAAGUUACCAAACGCCAAGAAACCGGAGAAAUUGGGUCAGGCUUAUGCGCAAAAUGAGAAUUAUUCCACUCUUGAUAAUCAUGCUGCUAGACUUACCCUAGCCGAUGCCAAUUCCAAAAAGUAUUCCAUUCACAAUAAUCACUUGAGUGUAGAUUCGGCUGAAGCAGAUCCAUCCAAAAAAGAUCAACAUCAGUCAGCGAUGCCAGCGAAUAAUGAAGAACAGCAAAGGAAAUCCUAUCAGCAUGUUAUCAAACAACUUCGCCUGGCCAAGGCCAUUCAUGCAGCAGCUGCCGCCCGCCGACAACGUUCUCAGACACAAAAGUCCACCAUAAAACAGGGAUUCCGCCAAUAUGAGGCAAAUCUCAAGCAAUUGGUUGCCAAUCGAGAUUUAAUCGAACAGCAAGCUGUUCAAAUGUUGACCCAUAUCCGGCAAUAGGAAUGUUCUUUUAAUUUCUCAACUUGUUCACAACAACAACAUAUAUUUUUGUCAUGAAAUACAAUAAACUUGAUAGAAAA